CUCUGCUGUCCCAUUGGCUGGAAAAACAGGCGGUCGAACACGAUAAGAAUAGUAUGACCCACACCAGGAAGGGCAUUGUCACAUUAUGAUAAUAACAGCUUACUGUAGAUCUAACUGCUAGCUCUAGUUUUAUAGUCCAACAGUCACUGUUAUUUUGUAGCUGCAUAGUUCUCACUUCGUGGCCAAUGCGCUCAGUUGACUUGCCGUGUAGAAUCCAAAGUUGAGGACGUCUGCGCGCGUGAACGGUUUACAUCGAAGCAAACGUGCUAGCUCGCUACGAUUGCAGGGGAACUCGCGGUCAUAAGGGACAUCCAGGCGUCUUUUGUUUUAGUUUAGUAAACAUGUCGGUGGGAUUUGCACCUCUUCAUAACAAACGACGUCUCGAAGAGGAGCAUGGAAACUGGGAAUGCCAACCGAAAAGACUUUGCGGCGGAUUGGUUGGUUGUGGCCACAUUGAAUAUGGCGCGGUCGCCGACUGCCAGUGUCCCAUGGAUACAUGGGAGAUCCAGCCGCAAGUAGUACCGCCGAAUGGGAACAGGGGCACCAAAGUCGCUCCUGACAUGAGUGCCCAGGGUAACAGACCAGCUGCCCAGUGCUGUCCUAGAUGUAUGGCGGGAGAGUCGGGACACAUAAACCACAUCAUGGGAUGUUGACGGUGAUGAAGAUCUUCAGCGCAGGUGAUGACCAUUAGUAAGCGGAUGGUCCACAUGUCCUGUUUUGAUGAUGGUAACCCUCUACUCCUCCUGUGCCACCCCUUUUAUAUGCAGGCGAUGCAUAUCACACGAGUGCCUUGCACAUCUCUGCUCCAUGUUUUAGUACUGUAUAGGGCCAUUUUCCAGAUGGUGGUUUAGUUGUCAAGUCUGCUAUUUUGAUCCUGAGAGAGUUGUAAAGCUCCUAAUAGAUGAGACUUGCCGGGUUAUCCUUCAGUCAUGACAAAGGCACAGGCCUCGUCUAUUAGAAGAGUUACCACUUUCUCAGAGUCGGCAUAUGGAGGCGAGAGACUGACCCAGCUUUCUGGAAUACCCCCUGCUCUGCUCCAAUGUUGUUUACAAUAUCCAAGUGUUUGUAAUUUCUAAAGGGCUAGAUUUCUGGACAAAAAUGGUUCCUCAUUCAAGAUGAAUGAAAUGAAUGUUCUGCUACAAUGUAGUUAAUUACAUAACCCGUCACCAUGACAAAGCCAUAACAGUUUUAAAUGUGUAUUACGCAUACAUGCACUAAGGGAAAUCAUGACCUCAGAAGCUGCAAUGAAAUAUGUAAACAUUGCGGAUUCACGCAGUAAGGGAAAUAUACACUGUGAUCCGUCAAAUCAACAGAAGUCAGUUGGUGUGUAAAUAAUUUCUUCAUGAGAAGCGCCUUUUAUUGUUUAAUUUCUAAAGAAAAAAUUUAAUUUUGAGAAGGUUUGUACACAUGCAGCCAAUUUGAUUAUGGACGUCUACUGACUGAAAUGUUGUACUGUAUACUUUGGUGGCGCUUUUAAUGUGCAGCCAAAUACUGACCAUUCUAAAAUCUUGUUCCAGAUAUAUGGCAUUUUUGCAUCUUCCUUUCAUAAUUAGGAAAUUUAAUUGGAAGUGUAUCUUAUAGAUACUAAUAAUUUUGGAUGUAAUAGGACCCUUUAUAAUGUCCAAAUUGUUUGUUAAAAAAAGUCUGAACUGAAUAAUUGUCCACAGAUUUUGAGAAAAUCUGAAAUUUAAUUUGUUUACUUUUCACUGUACCUUACACAUUUCCUCAAAAGUUCCAUUGGUAUUUGUUCCUUUUUAAUCUUUCCAUAAAUUUUGAACUUUAAAAAAAUCAGUAGUGUUGU